UCUUAAUUACGAUUAAUUUUAAUGUUACCCUAUACUAACUCACGGUUGUUCAUGUAGUUUACAUCCGUCGGAGAUGUGCAGUCGCAGGAUUACUCUGAUAUUAAAAGAAAGAUUGGUCGCAGAAGGGCACUGUUGGAAGACAGUGCCAAAUGACACCAAGGAGUUUUUUUGGCAAGAAUUCAAGAAAUACUUCAUAUGGGACCAAGCAAUUGACAGCUUGGUCAAAAUUGCAUGGCAGAAAAAGACAGCUGAGAGAUACAGGGGCUUAAUGUGGGAAAUCAGGAAAGAGAAGACGAAGAAUCUGGCUACACCAGAUUUUGUUUUGAGGAAGUGGCAGGAAACUUGGAACACUUCUGAAUACAAAGAGAAGUGUGACAAGUUUUCUGUCAAUAGGCGCAGUGAGGCUGGAGGGUCAGGAUCUGGGAUUUUCAGAUACGCAUGCGGAUCUGUUUCACAGUAUACCCACCAGCGGAGGAUGGUAUUAGUAAAAAUUUUUAUUUUAUAUUUAUCUUCUUAUAAAUAUUUUGUUUCGAUGAUAAAUGCUACACUUCUUAUAAUUGGUAACAGAGAGAAAGACUAGGCAGAGAACCACAUCCUCAUGAGCUUUUUGAGGCCACACAUAAGAGAAAGGGGACAGAGGAGUUUGUUGAUGCGAGGUCAAAAGCUAUUUAUGAUAAAUACGUACAACUGAAGGAGGCUGCAACACAGCAACAGGAGGGAAGCAAUGAGCCGACGCCCAUAAAUGAGGUCCAGUUGUACUACGAAGCGGUUGGCGGGCAGAAAAAGAGUCGAGUUUAUGGGUUAGGAUCCCAGGCUUCAGCAUAUUUUCAUAAGCCAUCUCAUUGUUCCGCUUCAUACACGUCUGCACCCCCAGUGGAUCCUCCUAUAAUUGAAGCAAUGAACAGAA